UAGUAAGAGUGAGAGUGUAAACAAAAUUAGAAUAGAAACUUGCAAGCCACUAGGUUUUCUUUCAUUUGUCAGAAAAGCAGAAAGUGCACAAAGUUGCAAAGAUGUUUCCAAAUCCAUUUCACAGAAGCCAAAUGGUGAAGGGGACAGUGAUAUUGAUGCAAAAGAAUGUGUUUGAUAUAGACUCCCUCACUUCAGCUACAAGUCCCGCUGGUUUAAUCAAAGGUGUUAUCAAUCUUGUUCAUGGUAUCAUUAGCUAUAUAAUUGACACCUAUAUUAUGGCCAGUUCCGUGGAUCUCAGGUUGAUUAGUUCUACUAGUGCUGAUGAAAGUGGAAAAGGUAAAGUCGGAAAAGAAACGUCUUUGAAUGUAGCAGGGCAAUCUGAAUUUGAUGUUCAUUUUAAAUGGGAUAGUGACAUGGGAAUUCCAGGAGCAUUUUAUAUUAAGAAUCGCAAGCAAAGAGAAUUCUUUCUUGUAAGUUUGACCCUUGAAGAUGUUCCCAACCAUGGAACCAUCAACUUUGUUUGCAACUCAUGGAUUUACAAUGCUCAAAACUACAAAACUGAACGCAUCUUCUUUGCCAACAAGACAUACCUUCCAAGUGAAACACCAGCUCCAUUAGUGUACUAUAGACAAGAAGAAUUGAAGACUUUAAGAGGAGAUGGAACAGGAGAGCGCAAGGAAUGGGAAAGAAUAUAUGAUUACGAUGUCUACAAUGAUUUAGGUGAGCCUGACUCGAAACCUCAAUUGGCGCGUCAAAUUCUUGGGGGAUCGAGCAAUUUCCCUUACCCUCGAAGGGGAAGAACCGGCAGGGAACCAGCUAAGAAAGAUCCUAAAAGUGAGAGUCGGAACGGCUUUGUUUACAUUCCAAGAGAUGAAUCAUUUGAUCACAAGAAGUCUUCAGAAUUUCUUGAUAACCUACUGAAAUCAGCAUCUCAAGAUUUCAUAUCUGAGAUAGAAAUAGAAUGCAAUUAUAAGCCAGAGUUUGAUACCUUUAAUGAUGUGCAUGCCUUCUAUGAUGAGGAAGUACCUGGACUUACGUUUCCACGGCCUGAAGUGAUUCAAGUUAAUCAGUCUGGAUGGAUGACUGAUGAAGAAUUUACAAGAGAGAUGAUUGCUGGUGUGAAUCCACACAUUAUCAAAAGACUUCAGGAGUUCCCACCAAAGAGCAAGCUAAAUAGCCAAGACUACGGUGAUAAUACGAGCACAAUAACCAAAGAACAGUUGCAGCUAAAUAUGGAUGGGGUCACUGUAGAAGAAGCUAUCCAUAACAAGAGACUUUACAUACUUGAUUACCAAGACUCAAUAUUUCCAUAUUUGAGCAAAAUAAAUGAAGUCAAUGAUCAUACAAUGGGAUAUGCUACUAGAACCAUCAUUUUCUUACAAAAUGAUGGAACUUUUAAGCCAUUAGCCAUCGAGCUAAGUAGCCCGAAUCCAAAAGGUGAUCGCUUUGAUCCUAUCAGUGAUAUCUACUUGCCUGCAAGUGAAGGUGUUGAAUCUUCUAUUUGGCUACUUGCCAAGAAUUAUGUGAUUGUAAAUGACUCAUGCUAUCACCAACUUAUCAGCCACUGGUUGAAUACUCAUGCAGUUGUUGAGCCAUUCAUCAUAGCAACAAAUAGGCAUCUUAGUGUGGUUCAUCCUAUUCAUAAGCUUUUACUUCCGCACUAUCGUGACACAAUGAACAUUAAUGCACUUGCAAGGAAUGUUUUGGUCAAUGCAAAGGGUGUUAUUGAGAAGACGUUCUUGAUGGGAAGUUAUUCUUUAGAAUUGUCUGCGGUAAUAUAUAAAGACUGGGUUUUCACCGAUCAAGGUUUGCCUAAUGAUCUACUUAAAAGAGGAGUGGCUGUUGAGGAUCCAACUUCCCCACACGGCCUUCGCCUUCUGAUAAAAGAUUACCCUUAUGCUGCUGAUGGAUUAGAGAUAUGGACAGCAAUUAAGUCAUGGGUUGAAGAAUAUGUGUAUUUCUACUACAAGUCAGAUGCAAAUAUUGCACAAGAUUCUGAACUCCAAGCAUUCUGGAAAGAACUUGUAGAGGUAGGUCACGGUGACUUGAAAGAUGCUAAAUGGUGGUUUAAGAUGCAAACCCGUAAGGAGUUGAUUGAGGCUUGCACCAUCCUCAUAUGGAUUGCUUCGGCACUUCAUGCGGCUGUUAAUUUUGGACAAUAUCCGUACGGUGGUUACAUUCUUAACCGACCAACAAAAAGCAGAAGAUUAAUGCCUAAGAAAGGAUCUGCUGAGUAUGCUGAGCUUUCUAAGAACUAUCAAAAGGCGUUUUUGAGAACAAUCCCACCGAAGAAAGACAUCCUAACUAACUUGACUGUUAUAGAAGUCUUGUCAAGACAUGCUUCUGAUGAACAAUACCUUGGACAGAGAAUUGAAGGUGAUAAUUGGACUUCUGAUUCACAACCAAAAGAGGCUUUCAAGAGGUUUGGAAAGAAGCUGGCUGAAAUUGAGAAAAAACUCACUCAAAGGAACAACGAUGAGACACUGAGGAAUCGUUAUGGACCAGUGAAGAUGCCAUAUACUUUGCUUUAUCCUUCUAGUGAGGAAGGAUUGACUUGCAGAGGCAUUCCCAAUAGUAUCUCCAUCUAAAUUGGGUCAUGGUUAUUGUGUUGCUGCUUUGAAUAACAGACGAGACGGAAUUCUAUUCCCUCACCUCCUACCUAUGGUUGUUUUAUUGUUAAUGUUUUACUUAAAAUCAAUAAGAACUAUUGUGUCUUUUUGUACCUUAUUUCAGAAACCAGUUGUCUCAUAUAUAUGGUUCAAAUAUGGUAUCAGUUUAGUUUUUCCUA